AUGACGAUGCAGACACACGACACGACGGAGAUGUUGGCUAAAGGUGAUGAGAACUUAAUGGUCAGUAAAAAUCUACCUACGUCGGUUGUCAUGCGUGCCAAGCGACGUAGUAGCAACGAUGCGGCUCAACGAGUGUACGACAGCGACCGAUUUAAGCUCGUGCAAAGUCGUCGAGGCUCAGCCAGUCCUGGCCACGUGCUUCCUGCCUUAGAACCGAGAUGCAAUCAAAAUAUUAACGCUGAAAUGGAGCGACCAAUUGAGGCCGCACCACCACCAGCAGCGGCUGUGGAAAAGAAGAAAAAGGAGCCGACGCCGCAGCCGGUCGUGCCCGAUAAGAUCCUAGAGGCUUAUCUCGAUGCUCGUGGCUAUGUCAAGACUCGGACAUACGUCAAGGGCAAGUUUUUGGGCAAGGGAGGAUUCGCCCGUUGCUAUGAGUUGAAAUGCGAACAGACAGGGAAGAUAUUUGCGGCCAAAGUGGUGGCUAAACGCUCGCUAGUUAAAGUGAAGACCAAGCAAAAAUUUACGUCGGAGAUCAAGAUUCACAAGUCACUGCAUCACCCGCAAAUUGUACAGUUUGAACAUUUCUUUGAAGACUCGGAGAAUGCCUACAUUGUGUUGGAAUUGUGUCGCAACCAGUCCAUGCUGGACUUGAUGCGGCGGAGAAAACGUUUGUCUGAGAGCGAAGUAAAGUUUUACAUGCGCCAGCUCGUGGAGGGACUGGCGUAUCUCCAUGAAAAGUUAGUGAUUCAUCGCGACCUAAAGCUGGGGAAUUUGUUUCUCACAUCAGACAUGCGACUCAAAAUUGGAGACUUUGGACUUGCUACUCGACUUGAAAACCUUGAAGAUCGCAAGCGCACCAUGUGUGGGACGCCAAACUAUAUUGCGCCUGAAAUUUUGAGCGGACAGCGUGGCGACGGACACAGUUUUGAAGUCGACAUCUGGUCUACUGGUGUUGUCAUGUAUACGCUUCUUGUGGGACGGCCUCCUUUCGAAACAGACGAUGUCAAGGCCACAUAUAAGCGUAUCCGUGCCAACAAGUACGACUUUCCAGAGACAGCGCACAUUUCACGGUCGGCGCAAUCGCUUGUUCGCAGUAUCCUGCGCAAUGAUCCUGACGCACGACCAUCAUUAAAGCAGAUUUUGACUCACCCGUUUUUGGCUGAUGAAUUUGUACCAAGAACACUGCCAAGAACUGCAUUACUUGCAACACCACCUUCGUGCAAAAUCCAGUCGUUUGCUAGUCACCACAGUGACAGUGAACGCCUUGCGAGAUCGACUGGAGUAAUAAUCUCGCCGCCUGCUGCAUCAAAGAAGUAUCCGCUUAGGACACGAGAUAUCAACGCUCACACUCAACGCGCUUCUGAUCCUGGGGCGUCGCCCUCAUUGACGCAGCCGCUGCCUCCUGCGCAUAAGCGCGACGGCUUUGGAAGGACAUCAGGGUUCUCAAGCUCGACAAAACGAAAUUUGGCAGCUAGCAGCAGCAUUGCAGUGAAAUCGCUGCACACGGAGGCAGUUGACACCCCUUCGGCUGCCUUUCCUAACGUGUUGGAGUUCGCAUACAAGUCACUAUCACGAUUCUUUUUUUUGCAAGAACACAGUCGCAGCGGAGACGAUGACGACAAGAGGUUGAGUGAAUCGUCAUCUGCUGCUACAAUCGUUGCUGCAGCUCAGAGAGUGAUGGAGGUCCGCGCUGAGGCUGACGAGAUCUGUCCGCUCAUUCCUGCCACCUUGUGGAUAUCUCAGUGGGUGGAUUACACAUCCAAAUAUGGUAUUGGCUACAUGCUUUCGAAUGGUGAAUCGGGUGUGUACUUCAAUGACUCCACCAAAAUGAUUUCAUCAGCAGACGGCCGAGUUUUUGAGUACAUUGAGCGCCAAAGCAGUCAUAGUGCAAGCCCAGAAGCUCGGGUCCGCUACACCACAGAUGAUUACGAUCCGGUGCUCAGCAAGAAGGUGACACUGUUAGGUCACUUUAAAGGCUAUUUGGUGGACGCUCGCGUAGAGAACGACGAAGCAGAUAUUCUUGAAAGUCAGCUUGCACAAUCUUACGGGUUGUCUCGCGAAGCUAACACGGAUACCAGUGCAAUUGGAAGCAGCAAUGGCGAUGGAGUGGCUCAAUCGAUGGUGUUCGUCACGAAGUGGGUCAAGACUCGUCACGCGGUGCUGUUUCAACUCUCCAACGGGGCAAUUCAGUUUAACUUCUUUGACAAGUCGAAGCUUAUGCUAUCUGUAAAUGCUCGCGUUGCAACGUAUCUGAACCGCGAUGGUAACCUGGCCGUGUUCUCGUCCUCCAGAGUUAUUCUCACGUCAGAGCGACCAGAUUUAAGUAAACGCUUGCGUUAUGCUAAAGACAUGCUGCAGCAAAUGGUGCGGACAACCGAGCAAAAGUAG